AUACAGGUGAACUGAUUAAGGAAGAAAUUAAUUUGCCAACAGCGAACGUAGGAGGAAUCCUCAGGAUGCAUCCUUUCGCUCUGGUGCUCGCAUUUAUCGCGCCGAUCCUGGUUCGUGGGGAGAAUGAAACAACUCCGGCCAUCGACGAAGACGCGGAAUGGAUAAAUUACGGCAUGUCAGGGCGUAUAGUGAAUGGAACGAUGGCAGCUCUGCAGCAGUUCCCUUAUCAGGUAUCCUUAAGGCGAAGCUACAGCGAGAGACACUUUUGCGGAGGCUCGCUGAUAACCGAUCGUCACGUUCUCACCGCUGCUCAUUGCAUGUUCAUAGAUCAAGCACAGAUACAACCGUGGUCGAUCACAGUGGUCGCCGGUGAAAUAAAGCUGAACGAGAGCACGUGGUCUGGUCAGAAGAGAGGAGUGGACAAGAUUUACGUUCAUCCGAGAUUCGACCACGAGACUCUGCAUAACGACCACACCGUUCUUGUUUUACACGCAAAGUUCAUUAUGACGGCGAGUGUGAACACUGUACCGCUUGCAACGAGUCCUCCGGUGCCGGGAACGAUGUGCCAGUUGUCUGGUUGGGGUCAUCCGGACGAAGAUGCCAUUGAAGUGACCAACGAUCUGAUGUACAUAGAUCUGCCAUUGUUGGACACCGUCACAUGCCGGACUCUUUUGGAGAACGUGACGGAGCUGCUGUCGGGCUCGUUUUGCGCUGGAUACGUCGAGGGUCAGAUGGAUGCUUGUCAAGGCGACUCUGGAGGCGGAAUGAUCUGCAACGGAGUGCUAACCGGCGUGGUUUCCGGCGGAUACGGCUGCGCUCGGCCAGGUUUCCCUGGCACAUACGCUGACGUGUUCUAUUACAAGUCUUGGACAAACAGUAUCGUGCAGCAAGGGGCACUUCCAGCUAAAUUACAGGACUCCUCCAGGGCGAAAAUACUCGACAGCCCGUUAUUCUCCAUCGUUAUUUUUACAGUGCUACUGCUACUUUGUUGACCAUCGUAGAAUUCUUACGAACAUUUAUUUACGAUUGAAAUUCUUUCAUUUACCAGGGAAUAACUCAAACCUUCAUUCACUACCAAUUUUUCUUACUUUUCUCUUCGUCUAAACGUACUAAAAAUUGAACAGGUAAAAAGUUGUACUAAAUUCGGAAAGUUUGCAAAUGAAAAUUCUUCCAGGACAAAUUAGGCGAAGUAAUUUAGCUUAGAUAUGAUGAUUUGUU